CCUGCGCGCUGCGGGACAAGAGAAGAGUGGGGGCGGGGGGAUGUCUGCGGGCAAGAUGGCGGCUGCUGCGGCCGGUGUGGGCCGGUUAGAGGAAGAGGCGCUGCGGCGAAAGGAACGGCUGAAGGCCCUACGGGAGAAAACCGGGCGCAAGGACAAGGAAGAUGGGGAGCCAAAGACCAAGCAGCUCAGAGAAGGGGAGGAGGAAGGCGAGAAGCACAGGGAACUCAGGCUGCGGAACUAUGUCCCAGAGGAUGAGGACCUGAAGAGGAGAAGGGUGCCCCAGGCCAAGCCAGUCGCAGUGGAAGAGAAGGUGAAGGAGCAGCUGGAGGCCGCCAAGCCAGAGCCCAUCAUUGAGGAAGUGGACCUGGCCAACCUCGCACCCCGGAAGCCUGAUUGGGACCUCAAGAGAGAUGUAGCCAAGAAGCUGGAGAAGCUAGAAAAGCGGACCCAGAGGGCCAUCGCCGAGCUGAUCCGUGAGAGGCUGAAGGGCCAGGAGGACAACCUGGCCUCUGCAGUGGCGGCCACCACCACCGAACAAGAGGCUGGUGACUCCGACUGAGGCAUGCCCUAUCCCCUCGCCGCCCACCUUUCAGGCCUGUCCUAUAGGAGGAUGGUCUUGGGCAAGGGUAGGGGCUGGGCUUGCCGUCACCUCCAGUUUGGCCUCAGAACAGUGACUCCCUGCCUAGCAGUCUGAACCCCACCCCUCCCCAUGCUGUGAGGUCGGCUCCUUGUCUCCUGAGUGGUCCCCACCGUGCUGAGUUGGGGCAGAGCCAGCAACAACUCUGUGGGCUUGCUGUAUCUCUACAUAUAUAUGUUAUUUUGAAUUUUUUUAAUGUCUGGAAAUAGAAACAAGCAGACCCCUGUGUA